CCCCUCCCGGCCGCCAUGUUGGCUGGUGUGUGGGUGUCAAACGGAGCUGGACGCGGCGGCGGCUGCGGCGGCGGCUCCGCAGGCUCCGGUCGCUCCCGCCUCCUCAGCGCUGGCGGCGGCCGCAGCCGCGCACCCGGGCGGGCUCGGAGGAGCGGAGGUCAUGGCUUCUGGCUUCUCGGACCUGAGGCUCCAGCGGAGGACAUGACUCUUAGGGAUCCUACUCCACAUCUGUUGCGGAGACUGAACCUUCGCAGGGCACGAACUCGCCCAGGACAGGAGAAUCUCUCUCUCUGAAGGGCUCUACGAUUGUCGCCAAGAAAAGUAACAAUGGCGACUUCGUCUAUCAGACGGCAAAUGAAAAACAUCGUGAACAAUUACUCGGAAGCGGAAAUAAAGGUCCGGGAAGCCACCUCCAAUGACCCGUGGGGCCCGUCCAGCUCCCUGAUGACGGAGAUCGCGGACCUGACCUACAACGUGGUGGCCUUCUCCGAGAUCAUGAGCAUGGUGUGGAAGCGGCUCAACGACCACGGCAAGAACUGGCGGCACGUGUACAAGGCGCUGACGCUGCUGGACUACCUCAUCAAGACGGGCUCCGAGCGGGUGGCCCAGCAGUGCCGUGAGAACAUCUUCGCCAUCCAGACCCUGAAGGACUUCCAGUACGUGGACCGCGAUGGCAAGGACCAGGGCAUCAACGUGCGCGAGAAGUCAAAGCAGCUGGUGGCCCUGCUCAAGGACGAGGAGCGGCUGAAGGCCGAGAGGGCCCAGGCUCUCAAAACCAAAGAGCGCAUGGCCCAGGUCGCCACCGGCAUGGGGAGCAACCAGAUCACCUUCGGCCGCGGCUCCAGCCAGCCCAACCUCUCCACCAGCUACUCGGAGCAGGAGUACGGCAAGGCCGGGGGCUCACCCGCCUCCUACCAUGGCUCGCCCGAGGCCUCGCUGUGCCCCCAGCACCGCGCAGGGGCCCCGCUGGGUCAGAGCGAGGAGCUGCAGCCGCUGAGCCAGCGCCACCCCUUCCUGCCGCACCUGGGGCUGGCCUCCCGCCCAAAUGGCGACUGGUCCCAGCCCUGCCUCACUUGUGACCGCGCAGCCCGAGCCACCUCCCCGAGGGUGUCCUCUGAGCUGGAGCAGGCCCGGCCCCAGACAAGUGGAGAAGAAGAGCUGCAGCUACAGCUGGCACUUGCCAUGAGCAGAGAGGUAGCGGAGCAGGAAGAGCGCCUCCGGAGGGGUGAUGACCUCAGAUUACAGAUGGCCCUAGAAGAGAGCCGAAGAGACACGGUUAAAGUUCCAAAAAAGAAAGAGCAUGGCUCCCACCCACAGCAGACCACUCUGUUGGAUUUAAUGGACGCCCUCCCCAGCUCGGGCCCUGCUGCCCAGAAAGCAGAGCCUUGGGGCCGGUCAGCCUCAGCCAACCAGACGAACCCCUGGGGCGGGCCGGCAGCCCCAGCCAGCUCUUCAGACCCCUGGCCAUCGUUCGGUGCCAAGCCAGCUGCCCCCGUCGACCCGUGGGGAGUGCCCACCGGAGCCAGCAUACCCUCCGUCUCCAAGGGCUCGGACCCCUGGGCAGCCCCACAGCAGCAGGCCCCCAGUGCUGGGAAAACGGCCGACGCCUGGGCCGCAGCCUCGGCCACCAAGCCUGUUUCGGCCACUGGGGCCUUUGAUCUCUUCAGUAAUUUGAAUGGUACAAUUAAAGAUGACUUUUCUGAAUUUGACAACCUCCGAACUUCAAAAAAAACAGCUGAGGCGGUGGCCUCUCCACCGUCCCAAAACAACGGAACUACAAGCCCCGACCCCUUUGAGUCUCAGCCCCUGACCGCCGCCUCGAGCAAGCCCAGCAGCUCCCGGAAAACCCCCGAGUCCUUCCUGGGCCCCAACGCGGCCCUGGUGAACCUGGACUCGCUGGUGACCAGGCCAGCCCCGCCGGCCCAGUCCCUCAACCCGUUCCUGGCACCAGGUGCAGCCGCAGCCUCGGCCCCUGUCAACCCCUUCCAGGUGAACCAGCCCCAGCCGCUGACGCUGAACCAGCUGCGGGGGAGCCCAGUCCUGGGGACCAGCACGUCCUUUGGGCCGAGCCCGGGGGCGGAGCCCAUGGCUGUGGCCUCCAUGACCUCCACAGCCCCGCACCCAGCUCUGGGGGGCAGCGGUUCCUCCCUGACGCCACUGGGCCCCACCACGAUGAACAUGGGGGGCAGUGUGGGCAUCCCCCCGUCGGCAGCUCAGGCCGCCGGCACAACCAACCCUUUCCUCCUCUAGUGCCCGGGCCUGGGACCCACCACAGAGCGAAUGCCCAGAGCACCUGUGCCUGAGGACGCCCAGCAGGGACUCGAUUGCAGAAGGGGGGGGUGGGUGUUAGGGCUUUCCACUUCUGGCUUCCUGAUAAAAGGGUUGCCUCUACGGCCCCGAUCCUCAGACUCGAGCGGCGGCCGGCCUGCUAGACGUCAGACCCCGCGCGCGGGUCUCCGCGCCUUCUGAGGCCGCCGCUCGCCCGUCCCUGGCCUGUAGCCCGACCCUGCCCGGUCGCCUCCCCGCGUCCCCCCCACCCCCCACCCCGAGCGUGAGGUCCUGGCUCCUGUGGAGAUUGGCCAGCUCUCUGGGGCCUUGGACGAGGGGGCGGGAGUUGUCCGUGGCGCCCUUGCCCUGAACCUCAGCCCGAGGGCCUCUGGGACGCUGCCUGGCCCGGGCCUUGGGACAGCCACCGUGUCUUUGCCCCUGACCUCCAGCCCUAGCAGGACCCAGGCAGUCCCAGGUGUGGACGGAAUGAAGCACCAGCUCCAUGAGACGCUCACCUUUUGGGGACGUGGUUGUGCAUAUUUUAUUUUCCUUUGACUCGUGUGUGAGUUCAAAGUAACCACCACCACCGUGGAACAACUCGAAUUAAAUCCACUAGAGCAAGCUUUAAACUAAUCUGAGCAUAACCCCGCCACGUGGCUCUAUGCUUGUAUACGUUUGCACAUAUUUUGUUUAGUACAGUUUCAUAUUUGAGUUUGCAGAAUUAUCUAAUAGUCUUUUUUUGGCUAAUAUUUUUAUAACGUGGUUCUUAUUUAACUGUCUAGUUUUGAUAGAAUUUACCAGGUCUGGCUCAAUUAAGAUAUUGGCACGUGUCAUGUUAGUGGUUUAAAUGCUCUUAUUUAUGGUUUUAACUCUAAGAAAAUUUAAAUAGGAAGAGACAAAAAAAAAAAAUGCCUUAUGGAAAAACUAAAGCAGAUUCUUUAUAGGGAAAAAUAUGGGAAUUUGAUUACACAUAAAAGAUGAUGUUUAUUUAAAAAAACAAAACCUACAACAGCAACAACGACAACAUCCCAGCCUCCAGUUGCCUUUUCCUUUCUUUCACUCCCUUUUUUUGGUGACUGCCCAAACUGAUUGAUGUGUAGCCUUUUGGGCUAGAUCCUGAGAGAGGCUAUUUUUCUUACCAAUACACCACCGUCAAGAAAGUUAAAGAAAAAAAAAAAAAAAUCCAAUGUAUGAAUGUGACUCACCAGUUUGUAUCGGCUAAUUCCCUUUUGUAACUGAAGGCACGCGCAGAUCGACAAGGACUUCCGUUUGCAGUGGAAAUCUGAAACGGAAGAGGCGUCUUGAACCUUGUGUCUGUGAUCUCCUCUGUCUUAAUCCGCACUCAGGGUGAAGAUGGGGACGGCGUGGAGACGGCGGGUGUCUGGGGGUGCCCAUGGCUCCCUGGGGACAGCCUCCGGGCCCAGAGGGGUGAGGGACCAGGGCUGGCCCUGACCCACCCGGCUGCAAACUCCAGACACACACACUGCAGACUUAAAAAUAAUCAUCUCUUAUUUUGGAGAGGAGGGGGAAAAAAAAGUCCUUCUCACACAAUAGAUUUUUAACAAACGUGCACUAAUCUCACCCCGCCCCCAACUCCUGCUUCCCCCCGCCCCCCACCACUGUAAGAAAAGUAUGAAGUCAUGAAAUAAAGACCAGAAAGGAUGCGCUUCUCCCCAGGGAAGGGACCCCACCCCCCAAUCCCGCGUCUGGUCAGCCUGCCUGGCGGGCGUUCCGGUCUUCCUUUCCGCCCUGGACUUUUCGACCCCGACCCCGAGGGCAGCGGACCCCGCCCCCCGCCAUCCUCCGCCCCCUCGCUGGUUCCAGGAGGAGAUGUGACCCUGAGCACCGCCCUGAGAGCCGUAAGAUGCCCGGUGGCGAGCGGGCGGAGUCAGAAUUGCCUUCUCAGGCCACUCCUGUUUGCUAUUUUUACAAGCUCACCGUGCUGCUCCGAGAGGCCGUCCUCCGGCCCCAGGAGCCACCGCCAGAGCUCCUAACCGGCCACACCUCGGCCAGAGCCGGAGGCCUGGGGCUGGACCACGGGCCCCGGCGGCGUCUGGCCUCUUCCGACCUGGGGGAGGGGCCUCAGCAGGCCGCUUCCCCAGGGAGGUGCUUUCACUCGUAUGGUGCGAGCCCGGACCCCGUCACAGGCCAGCAGACCAAACCUGACUACUUGGCCAGUGAUUCUCGGUCACAGUCAAGACCCCUUCCUGACGUGACUUUGAGGCCCCAACAUGGUAGCCACUGGGCCACCAAGGCCCCAGGAGACCCCCGUCCCUCCCCGCCUCCCGGCCCAGGCCCGUCCCAGGCGCCUCGUCCCUGUUGCCUGCUGCACUGAUCAUGAAGCCACCGGCCGCUGCCACACGUGUAACACACAUGCCAUCACGCCCCCUCCUGAUGGGCACCGUGGUAGGGGUGUCACCCAGCCCUUUUCUCAGUCCCAGGGGCCGGUGGCUGGUUUUGAACUUGUGUUGACUAUUGAUACUUAUUUACUGUACAAAUAUAAUUUAUCAUUUGUAUCAUGA